AUGAAAGGAAAGGUAAUAAUUUCUGCCACCUGUCUCAUCCUCGUGGUGGGUGUGGUCAUCGGAGCGGUGCUUAUUGCAAACAAGAAGGAUGACUCCGGUGCUGACAACAUUGAACUUCAUGAUAAGGCCAUUGCCACAAUGUGCCAAAACGUUCUCAACCAAACUCUUUGCCGUGACAUCUUGGGCCCAGUGAAGGGAACCACAGACCCCAAUGAAUUCAUUGCGGCCGCAGUGAAAGCCGCCACGGAAAGCGUCAUCAAGGCCUUGAACAUGAGUGACAGGCUAACAGUUGAAAAAGGAAACGGCAGCCCAGGAAUAAAGAUGGCACUGGAGGAUUGCAAAGACCUCUUGCAAUCAGCCAUGGACAGCCUCCAACUUUCAACAUCGUUGGUGGACAGCAAGAAUAUCCAGACAAUUCAUGACCAGUCCGCCGACUUCAAGAAUUGGCUAGGCGCUGUCAUCUCCUACCAACAAACUUGCCUCGACAACUUCAACGAAACCGACAGCGGCGAGAAAGUCAUCAAGGAACAGCUUAACGCAGAGACCCUAGACCAAGUUAUGACCACAACAGGACUCACUCUUGAUAUCCUCGCCGACUUGGACAGGAUCCUCGACCAAUUCAACUUGAAGAUCGACGUCCACCCUGGCUCUCGCCGCCUUCUAGCCGCGGACGUCGAUGACCAAGGGCUCCCAACCUGGCUCUCUGCCUCAGACCGGGACCUCUUGGCCGAAGGCAAGGGAAAAGGUAAAGCUAUUGUUGCUGCUCAUGUGGUGGUUGCUCAGGAUGGAAGUGGCCGAUUCAGGACUAUCAAGGAAGCUAUUGAUUCUUACCCACCUGGCUUCAAGGGUAGAUACGUCAUUUACGUUAAGGCUGGUGUCUAUAAUGAGUACAUUAUUAUUCCUAAGCAUGCUGUGAACAUUCUUAUGUACGGUGAUGGCCCUACAAGGACUAUUGUCACUGGUCGUAAGAACUUUGUUGAAGGCGUGAAAACAAUGCAUACCGCCACUUUUGCCAAUACUGCUGAUGGAUUCAUUGCUAAGGCAAUGAGGUUCGAAAACACCGCUGGUCCGAAAGGACACCAAGCUGUGGCACUUCGAAACCAGGGAGACAAAUCAGCUUUCUUCCAAUGCCAAAUCUUUGGUAAUCAAGACACCUUGUACGUCCAAACCAACCGUCAAUUCUACCGCGACUGCGAAAUCUCCGGCACCAUUGACUUCAUCUUUGGCACAUCUCCAGCCUUGAUCCAAAACAGCAAGAUCAUUCUGAGGAAGCCUGAUGAUAAACAAUUCAACACUGUAACUGCCGACGGCACAACGCAACCCAACAUGCCCACCGGAAUCGUCCUCCAGAACUGUGAGAUUGUCCCAGAGCCUGCUCUGUUCCCUGCGAGGUUCACCACCAAGUCAUACUUGGGUAGGCCAUGGAAGCCUUACUCCAAGACACUGAUUAUGGAAUCAAUGAUCAGCGAUGCCAUUCACCCAGAAGGGUGGUUUCCUUGGGCUGGAACCGUGCACCUUGAUACUUUGUGGUAUGCUGAGUAUGCAAAUACUGGACCUGGUGCUAAUGUUCAAGGAAGGAUUAAGUGGAAGGGUUAUCAUGGCCUUAUUAGUAGGAACGAAGCUGCACGGUUCACUGCUGCUGAAUUUCUCAGAGGUGGACCCACUAGCGCUGCUGAACCAUGGUUGAGUGCUACUGGCAUUCCUUUUACCGUUGGCUUUACAAGGGCUUAA